AAAUUAAAAUUAGAUUUUAGGGUAGCGAUCUACUUGGAGCGGAUCAACGAUCUAUAUUUUAAUUAGAUGGGGUGUCCUAAAGGUUUAUCUGGACGCGGUUGCUUUAUGAAAAUUCCCGUGCUAUUUUUAACAAUCGUUGUACAUGAUAAGUCCCUUGUCUGUGCUACUACAGUUCGGAUACUUGCUACAGUGAAAUGGACCGGGAGGAUCAGGGAAGAGAGUUCUGCGAAAAGUUCAAAAUCCUAGCACCAGAGUCAGAACCAGAUGGAUUAAAAGCAAUCAAGAGAACUCUGGUCGAUUUGGUUGGACGUAAAUCCAGAAAUUCCAAAAGCAAAGCACCUGUCCAAUAUCAGAGAGAUGAAGACUCUAGCCCUUUAAUUCCAGUCCCUGAAUAUGAAUUGGAGGCUCCUACAAUGCAAGAGACCUUUGAACCGGCCUGGGUCGACCCACAGUCCUCUAGUCCACCACAUGACCCAGCCACCCUUCCUGUCUCUGGGGAGGACACCUACCGUUUCUGUCACGAGACACUUGGGUUUGCUGUUCUUAUCAUCAACAGCGAGUUCGACAGCGAAUCCAAAAGGACGAGUGCUGCUAAUGACGAAAUUAAUAUGUACAAGAUGUUUGAAGAGCUGAAUUUUGACGUCCAUGUUCUAAGGAACCUUUCAUCAAAAAAACUCAUGGAUAGAAUGAAAGAAAUACGGAAUUCUGUCACCGCGGAGUCUGACUGUUUCGUCUGUGUGAUUAGUUCUCACGGGAAGGAGGGACAGGUCAGAACCAGUACCCCCGGGGUCCGUGAGCCGUUCAUCAGAACAGAACACUCCACCAACACCCUGGACGGGGUGGUCAGCACCAACGAGCUCCUGAAACUUUUCAAUGACCACAACUGUUGGCCACUCAAGGGGAAGCCAAAGAUGUUCUUUAUUCAGGCCUGUAGGGGUCGCAUCGAUGUUGAGAGGUCGGACGAAAUAGACAUGGGUGUGGAAGUCGUAGAAACAACAGCUUCAACGACAUCAACCGGUUCCUCAGCAAGAUUCUUUACAAGAGGCGACAUGGUACUUACAAGUUUCAGCAACACGGGCGAUGUGGCUACAGCAAGUCCUGUCAACCCUGAGGAUGUCGUUCUUACAAACUCCACUACCACGGGCGAUGUGGUCUGGAAUUAUGAUGAUUACUCGGGUCGGAGACGUGAUGAUUUCCAUGAACAACGCAGGUAUCAAGUCAAUGUCCAGGCGUCUCUACAGAGGCAGGAACCAGCUUGCACCUCGACGUAUACAUUCGAACCUACCCAGUCCGAGCCCGAGCCCAUUGAGGUGUUCCAGAUCCCGUGCUACAAUGACUAUCUGGUCAUGUUUUCUUCUGCAGCAGGAACAACUGCGUGGUCCGAUUCUGAUAAAGGCGGUUGGCUGAUGCACUGUCUGUAUCAAGUGUUCAGUGAUGUCACUUACAGAGACGAUGACCUGCUGACGAUAUUGACGUGUGUUUGUGGGAAAAUGGCGCGGGAUAUGGAGACGAACUGUCCUAAUAGCCCUCACGACAAAGCAAAGUCUGCGGCGUGUGUGUACCACCGACUGUCCAAGGACAUUUAUCUACAGAGAUAAAGAGAGAGAGAAAGCGAUAGGAAGAGGGAAAGAGGAAGAAAAAAGUGGUGGAGGAGAGAGAUAUAUAUGAGUUUAACAACAUAGCUUUAUCGGACGAUGAUGUGUCUAUCGGAUUUUAUUUGUUGACGCUUUGGUCGGAUUUUUGAAGUAGAGAUUUUUUCCCCAUUAAAUUGUUAAAUAUUGUAACCUGUUGUAAUUUUUAAGUUUAAUUAAAUGUGUUUUAUAUAUAUAUAUAUAUAUAUAUAUAUAUAUAUAUAUAUAUAUAUAUAUAUAUAUAUAUAUAUAUAUAUAUAAACAAGCUCCAACAUAUUAUCAUUAUUGAUGUCAUCUGGUAGUUUCCCCCAAAUAUCUCGUGUUCCAGAUAACCUGAUCAUGUGCCCAUGUUGAUAGCUAUUGUUUACGUUUUACAGAUUUGAUCAAACACAUAUAAUCAUAUAAUAAUACAUAAAUCCCUUAAAUUACCUUGCUAGAUUUUUCAUUUAAGGCUCUUUAUUCAGAGUAGAACGGUUUCUUGGUUUAUAUUUACAUUUCAUCUUUCUAGCUCCCAUCAUCUUUUCUUGUUACCUUCGUCAAUUUUCGUUAUCGAUCUUUUCCUUAAAUGUUCUGACUGUUUAAUUUAUCUAUCCAGCAUAUUCAUUUAACACUGGAUGAGAUUUUAGUAAUGAAAGUUAAUGUUAACUGUUGAUAAUUUGUUUAUAGUCAGCUUUACUGUAGAAACUAUAUUUAUUUAUGCUAUCGUCUUUAGCUACGAUAUUCAUGCAUAUUUAUAUUACGCAUAAUUAUAAAUUGUACAUUGUGAUACAUUUAUGAUUUUAUGAAAUCUGAUAUUUUCUAACAUAUAUUAUUAAUUACAUGCUCACUGCUUAUCAACUUAUUUAUAGAUGAUUACUUUAUUUAUUUAUCAUUCGGCGUUGCACGGUAGCCCUGUGUGGUAGAAGUAGUUCUGUGUGGGAACUCAGCUUCCCGUACAGGCUUCUCAUUGGUCGAUAGCUUGUUAGGCAUAUUUUUUUGGGAGUUGAUUUUAAUUUACUCUCCUAUGCACUUACUCUGGCAAACCGAAAGUGAAACAGUGUUUGGACCUAAGCACAAAUCAUCAUCGCUGACAAGACUAAGUUCUUGAAAAUAAUAGAAAAAAAUUCGAUGUAAUGUAUGCUGAAGCAUUGUUUUUCAAGGAAACUUAUCUAUAAACACUUUGAAAAUAGUCAAAUUUUAUAUACUACGAACAAUUUGAAUAUUUUUAGUCUCGUGUAUUCCUACGCCAGAGUUAAUAUAGUUCAACCAGACGCUCGGCUGUCUCCGUAAAUCUGCGACAAGCAGAGAGGGGGCUCUCUUGCUUGUCGGAUAUUAAUAGAGACAGCCGAGAGUAUUCUUAAACGGGACUAGAGUUCGAUAUCAAUAGUGCUUGGAUCCAUACAAUUUUUAGAAUUGUUUCGAUAACUAAUACAUACUAGAAGAUGAAAUCUAUCUUUUAUUAAAAAGUAUACAACAUGUUUCAUAUGGGGUUUCUCGAAAUUCUUGUCGAAAAAGUCGAAAAAUUUAUAUUAUAAAAAAUUGCAUAAAUCAAAUACAAACUAGAAACUAAUUGCCAUGCAAGAUAAAUUGAUUUUAAAAUAAAUGAUAAUCGAUAAAAUCAACUCCCGUCCGUACUUCAGUACUUUGAUUGUUGUUAUGUGACUGAGAAAAGGAUGUCUUACAAGAACGGGAGUACUACAUUACGACGAAUUUCAGCUAGUUGUACGGCGGUAACAUUUGAAAAGUUCAAAAAGCUGGAAAACUUUAAUAAAGAUAGCAUAGUCAGAAAUCUCAUACUAUGAUGGACGACCUAAAUUUGUAUUUCUGAAUAAUCAGCUGUUACUUUUAUAUCCCAUUUAUGAAAAUGUUUAUGAAACAGUAAAACCGGUAGUGUGCUGAAAUGAUGUGUAUUAAUAAAUGGGUAUGACCAAUCUUUCAUCUUGGGUAUCGCUGGACAAAUAGACAAAGAGUAGAAUCUGGCAAACAUAGGUUUAAGAAUAAUUAAAUCAAUUACUACUCCUGACAAAGAUUAAUUAUUUAGAUUAAGAAUCUAUUAUCAUUAUACAUAUGUACAUGCUUAAGAUUCAGAGAUAGUAGCCAACUUCCGAGAUGGCUAAUAAUGUGAUUAUUAAUAGACAUGUACUAACGUUAUACUUCGUUCAAUAAAUUGAUAGAUAUUUGUUGUUGAUUAAAA